UUGCCCGACCCUCAAAUGGCCGCCGAAUGUGAGAAGUUCGUGGUGUUUGAAGGAAUCCCGCAGGAACCGAAGAGUUGGGGCCCGUACAGCAAACCCCGCAUCUGCACUUCCUUCCCGAGGAAGCGAACUGAAGGUCCGAAUGGAGGCGGCCGCGGGCCCGGGGCGAACCUGGCCCUCCGGGGGCCCGCCCCGCCCGCACGGAGGGGAGGAGCGAGGGCUCCCGGGGAUCCUCCCGCGGGCUUUGUGCGCGCUCGGCAUCCAGCUGUCGCCGCCCCACGCAGCCCCCUGGCCCGGGAAGGCGCGCAUUUCCGGGCCGCCCACCAGCCCGCCCGCCUCGGCAGCCGCUGCCCCAGCAGCCGACGCUGCUCCCGCCGCUCCGUGGCCGUCUCGCCCCAGUCGCCCCACGAAAUGCCGGUCGACUUCACCGGGUACUGGAAGAUGCUGGCCAACGAGAAUUUCGAGGAGUAUCUGCGCGCGCUCGAUGUCAAUGUGGCACUACGCAAAAUCGCCAACUUGCUGAAGCCAGACAAAGAGAUCGUGCAGGACGGCGACCAUAUGAUCAUCCGAACGCUGAGCACUUUUAGGAACUACAUCAUGGACUUCCAGGUUGGGAAGGAGUUUGAGGAGGAUCUGACGGGCAUAGAUGACCGCAAGUGCAUGACCACGGUGAGCUGGGAUGGGGACAAGCUGGAGUGUGUGCAGAAGGGCGAGAAGGAGGGACGUGGCUGGACCCAGUGGAUUGAAGGUGAUGAGCUGCACCUGGAGAUGAGGGUGCAGGGAGUGGUCUGCAAGCAAGUGUUCAAGAAGGUGCACUGAAGCGGAGCAGACCUUGGCCGCGAGGAGCAGUGGCCUGGACGUGGGGCCGGGUGCCCUCUCCUCUCUCUGCACAGCGUGGGGCGGAAAUGCCCAGGCCGCUGCCAGCAGGGUCUGUCUCUUGGCUUUGUCUCUUCUCCUCUUCUUAAAACGAAACCGUCCCAAUAAAAGUGAUCUCUGCUCAAGA